ACAAAGUCGACCCCCUCCCCCCUCCACCGCCACUUGACAUGCUGGUUACGGGCCAGCAUUCUGCACCAACCUCCGUGUCAUAGGUUGAAAACCUUGUUAGUGACCGCAAUGUGUGAAAUCUAAAAAUCAAUGGAUAUAGGAUGCAUCACUGAAGAAAUAUAUAUAUUUUUUUAAUAAGGUUAGCGGUACGAAUCGACCCUGGUCAGAACGAUUCGGCUGAACUAGUAAUAAGGGCGGGACAACCUGUUACCCUAGAAAACACUGCACCUCGAGUUGUCCACCCUGCCUUUUGGUUGAAAUUUUUGGCUUGGCGCUGUAUUUUCACCCGUUAUCUAACCUACACUGAACUUUGAGUUGCGUUCUUUAAUAUUGGACCUCAUCAUUUAGGUAAACUGCAGUAGUGUCAGGUGGUUUAAUUUGUCAUGAGUUCCACAGUAAAUCCAGAUCUUGUCCGUGAAAGGAAAAAUGCAACUUUUGACACCUUGCAGUUAACGCAUUUCCUGUAUAACGGCCCGGAACGAGUGCGAAGGAAACGAUACCUCCAGUCGCUUGCCCUUGAGGACCCUUGUAUUAAAAAUAGCCCGGACUGGAAUACGUUGUCAAGAGAAGAAAAAUAUUCCGAGGCACUUCGAAAAAAUAUUUAUUAUGUUGAACAGGUCAAUAAAUUGGGACUCACCGACCCCGCAGAGAUGUUUCUUUUCAGACAAGCCAUUGCACCACACGAAACGUUGCCAUUUGCCCUUCACACUGGAAUGUUCCUGACUACUAUAGAGAGGCAAGCAACGGAAGAACAGAAGGCAAGAUGGCUGCCUUUGGCUUACAACUACCAAAUGAUUGGCACGUACGCUCAAACUGAGCUGGGCCAUGGCACAUUUGUUCGUGGUUUGGAGACUACUGCGACCUUUGACCCAAAGACACAGGAAUUUGUGAUAGACACUCCAACCCUGACUUCAAUCAAGUAUUGGCCAGGAGGAUUUCAAUCAACCAGUAGAAAUGUGAUGGAGGAUGGGACAUACAUCCAGCCAAAGAACUCGAAGGUUGUGUACGGCACCAUGGUUUUUAUCCGCUCGUCCAUCUGCAUCAAUUGUGCAUACAGUCUUGCUCAUGGAGUUACCAUAGCAACCCGCUACAGUGCAGUCAGACGGCAGAGUGAGCUGGAAGCAGGAAAUGGAGAGGCUCAGGUCAUUGAUUACCAAACACAGCAGCAUAAGAUAUUUCCCGCGUUGGCCACGGCAUAUGCUCUCUGGUUUGCUGGACGUCACAUAAUGGAGAUUUAUCUAAAAGUCAGCUUUGAGAUGGACAAAGGAUCCAUGAAGGAAUUGCCAACGCUCCAUGGAAUGUCUGCAGGGGUUAAAGCAUUGUCAUCAUGGUCAAUGGCGUCCUUCCUGGAAACGUGUCGAAUGGCAUGUGGAGGUCACGGGUUCAGCAACGCCAGCGGCUUUCCCAAAAUCUACCGGGAUGCAUCGCCGGCUGCCACAUACGAAGGAGAAAACACUGUGAUGAUGUUACAGACUGCCAGGUUCCUGCUGAAGUGCUAUGCUCAGAUGAAACAUGGAGAAAAGCCGAUUGGAAUCAUGGCCUACUUAAACCAGCCACUAGGGGGCAGCAGCCCACUUAACAGUGACCUUGAUCUUGCAACCUUGGUUUCUGCUUUUGAACACAGAGCUUUACGGUUGAUUGAUGAAGCCGCCAGCAGUGUUGAGAGACUUGUUCUGUCUGGCAUGUCUCAGACAGACGCCACAAACCGGUCUGGGGUCCGCCUCGUUGCCGCGGCAAUGGCACACUGUCAGUGUUUUGUUUUGUCUGCCUUCGUUGAGAAAGUGUUUGACCCCCAGCUGGACUCUCGGACGAGAAGUGUUUUGAAAUCGGUCUGUCAGCUGUUUGCCGUGUACACCAUGCUGGAAAGUCUAGGAGAGUUCAUGCAGGACAGCUACAUCUCGCAACUGCAGGCGUCCAUGUUGAACUCCAAGCUGUGCGAUCUUCUUGCUGAAAUCCGCCGCAAUGCCGUCCCUCUCGUCGACGCGUUCGACUUCCCCGACCAACUUCUCGGCAGCGCUCUCGGUCGCUACGACGGAAAUGUGUACGAAGCGCUCUUCGAAUACGCCAAGAACUCGAAGCUGAACAACUCUGAUGUGAUUGAUGCAUAUUACAAGUACAUGAAGCCGUUUAUGGAGGAGCAGAGACGAAACAUGCAGGGAGCAGCCAUUGCAUCAAAGUUGUAAAUAACAACACCCAUGCUAAUACACAAGGGGACCAGUACUUGUUUAAAGAGUGAACUACCAGUGAUCUUUAAGAUUUAACGUGGAUAUUAAUUUAUUAUUUUUAAUUUGUGAUUGUUACGGACAUGUAACAGGUUUAUAUAAAUAUUAUAUGUAUAUAAAAAAAACUGAAUGAAAACAAGCUGUGUGGCCAAAAUGUGGACUCAUAUUAAAAGAUCACAAUAUUUUCUAAUAGUAAAUAAACAGAAUAUUAAGGUCGGCAUAUUUUCUAAUAGUAAAUAAACAGAAUAUACUAGAAAUCCUGUGAUUUAAAACCAUGCCUUGUGGUCUAUUUACAGAAGUGGCUAUAUUUACCAGCAAUGUUAAAUCAACAGCCUGCAUUUGUACUGAAAUUAAUAUAGUGUGUAAUUGAAACUGUUCAUAUUAAAGAUUACAAUAGUAACAGUAAAUAAACACAAUAUUAAAUGUCGGCAUAUUUUUUAAUAGUAAAUAAACAUGAUCUACUAGAAAUCCUGUGA